AUGGAUUCGCUCACACCCUCGGACCUCUUCUCGCCCUCAAAGGCGCGCCAACAACGCGCGCAAGCCCAGGACUGGGCGCAGAUUGACUCGUGGCUGUCGUACAAGUAUGCUGGGCGCACGGUGCCGACAUUUGAGCGCAAUGACGAAACACUCAAGGUGCUACGUGAGCUGUCAGUAGCCAACGAAAGGGCCGACGAGGAGAGAGCCGUCUUCGAACGAGUAGAGAGAGAGGCGCUCCGCGAGCUGGAUGAGGUCCAAAGGAACGACGACGACGAGCGUAUAUUGUCUAGGCUGAGAGCUAGUCUCACGCCCGAGGGCGAGCAGGCACUUGAUGCGUUGGCGUCAACAGCAGUCACUCUCAAUACACCCACUGCGAACCCCGAGUCGAUCGCGCACACUCUCAUCUACAACACGACCACCUCACAGAAUCUCACCAACCAGCUCGCACACAUCGCAACGCUGCAAGGCUACGUCGACAAGCAACAAUCUCUGCUUCGGACGCAACUGCACGAGCUCCAGACAAAUCCUGCUUUCACAACCCCCGCGAAUCUCCAGCGCCAGACCACCGAGCAAACACGUCAAGUCAAGCACCUUCGCACCAAGAUACGAGAAUACGAGGACAAGCUGUCGUCUUUCCAGUCAUCACAGUCGCGCAGCAUGACACCAGGCUACAAGAACAUCGCGUCUGCAGAAGCUAUAAAUGACAUGUUGGAGCAACAAAAAGCCCUGGAUGGGCUUCGAGAGAAGGUAGAAAGAAUAGAGAGGGAAGUCGCGGAGUUUGCUGGAUUGCCUGCUGAUAAAGAGGCUGCAAGGAAAGAGGUCGGCAAGUUAGAGGUCAAACUUGACGAGGUGCGAAAGCGAAGAGACGAACUAUUUGAGGGAUUGGUGGCACAGUAA